AUGAAGUGGUGGCCUACUGCUACCCCCACAGACGCUGACCAUGGCGAGUAUGAACUCACUGCAGGCGGCGAGUUGAGUCCCGGACAGCGAAGGUGGAGCUUUCUCCUGAGUCUUUCGUCGAGACCAUCUAAUCCUACCAUCUACAGAAGGAGAGCACAACGAUGGCAAAUACGCCCCGCUUACGUCCUCAUCGUUUCGGCAUGUCUUCUGUGCUCAAGCAUUGCCUUGUUCACUGUCGACUUUCUUCGCUUGAGAGGACAAAAGCCAUCCGGCGAUAAGGGAUGGCUUAACUUCUUCAAGCAGCUAUGGCCCGUCGGGCUCCCCGACGUCACAGACAACUGGCAAAACGAGAAUAACAAAGCCAUGAACGCGUUGAUGAGUUGUAUGGUCGAGAGGACUUGCAAGGAGAAUCAAACAAGUAUCAUUUUGUUAUCUUCGGAACACUUCUCGCACUCGAUCGCUGGACAUGUGUCAGGCGAAGAUAUCUGGGCAAUAAGCGUAUUGAUAGCGCUUCAAGAGAUGGGUUACACGACCAUUUACGCACCCAAGAACGAUGAACUCGCCAGGACGUAUCGCCGAUUCCCAGAUCUUGUGAAGGCCGUGAUCCUUGAAGGGGCCGACUCGAAGAGAUGCUUCGAUGACCCGAAAUGUAUCAAGACCCCUGGCCAUCCGCUGGGUGUUCCAGUCUGGAAGAUGUUCUCGUUCCACUUCUGGACUGGGGCGGAGCAUCCACUUGGAAAUCGCUGGACGCUGUCACCAGAGAACUACCCGAUCCUCGCGCCAGGGAAUUCCAAGGAAAAUUUCUACCUUGGCUACAGUAUCGAACGGACCUGUGUCAAGAAGCCGUUCAUCCCGGGCGACGAGCGUCCAAUGCAAGCAUAUAUUCUUGCAAAACAGUUAUCGUACUUCACGGACAAGAACUACAUGUGGAAGGGCGUGUCUCUCGUCCCUCCUUUCCCUCUUGACCUGGUCGCUGGCAUGCGCAACGACACCAAGGGCCCAUCAACAAUCCCAGAUGGAAUUAAUAAUCUAGGGCAGCUCAAUCAGCAAAACUUUUAUGAGCAACUGUCGAAGAGCAGAGUACUCAUUGGCAUUGGAAGUCCGAGAUUGAGUCCUAGUCCAUAUGAUGCGUUAUGCAUGGGCGUACCGUUCAUCAACCCAAUCUUCAACUGGAACAGGGAUGAUCCACAGGAUCGGAACAGAUGGGAUACCCAACACGACGGACUCAAAUUCCAGGAUCCACCGUAUGUAUAUCACGUUAGGCGAGAUGAUGGAGAGGGCCUAUGGGCUGCAGUAAAAGAGGCAGUCGAUCACCCGAUUCCAAGAUAUAUCGUUCCUGACAUGAGCAUGGAUGCUCUGAAGUACCGACUCGGAAUACUUGUCGAGGGAGAUUGGAAAACGCCGGCGGAGGAGAUAUUACGAGAGCGGAAGGCUACGGGCAAAGGAAAGGUGCGACCUAGUUCACUUGUCAGGAGAUAG